AUGAGGCAGUACUUCACUGAUGGGGGGCCGAACCUGGCGAGCGAGGAAAUGUCGGAAUUCCUCAAGAAGUGGGGUGUCAUUGCACGCCUAUCCUCAGCACAGUACCCACAGUCAAACGGGCGGGCCGAAGCAGCGGUCAAGACGGCCAAAAGAAUCAUCAGAGCCAACACAGGUAACGGGAGCUCAUUGGACACGGACAAAACCUCCCUCGCCGUGCUGCAGUACCUUAACACCCCGCUGCGAUCUGUCAACAAGUCCCCCGCCCAACUUGCCACCGGAAGGCAGCUGCGUGAUGGCGUGCCAACGGCCCGACGACAUUACAAGGUGGACAGGCACUGGGGAAGGACGCUGCGUGAGAGAGAAGUGAAAAUGGGGGAGGAAGGCAACACCCUGAUGGCAACCUGCACACCCAGAUAG